AACAUCAACACAACGCAGACACCGCUAAUCAACACCGGUUACAUGAAUUCACUUUGAGGAGGAGGCAUCAUACUUAACACAGGAAGGAGUUGCAGCAUCUCUCAGCUAAAGCAUUGUUUCAGGAACAUUUCAUCAACAUUUCAUCAGAACAAGAGAUAGAGGAAGCAGAGAGACGGAGAAUCACGAUGGAUGAGUUCCAACAGAUUAAAAUGUCUGUAUUUCUCAUUCUGCUGCUUCAGUUUACAGGAGCUGCAUUUGGACAGCGAUACCUCUAUCUCACUGUCAGAGUUGGAGAUGAAGCCACUUUGCCGUGUAACUAUGUGGCACAUGAUCAGGAUGAAUGUGAUGGUACUACCUGGAUCUUCAGAUAUUCAGGAAGUGCAGUAAUGCUGGUUAAAGGUGGGCAGAUUGGUAACCAUGCUAAAUCAGACAGACUGAGAGUUACAGAGAAAUGUUCUCUGGUUAUAAAGAAGGUCACAGAGGAGGAUGCUGGUCAAUACACCUGCAGACAGAUCAGAUCAGGACAACAAGUUCCAGACUCUUUGGUUGAGCUGUCUGUUGUUACCAUGACUGAACAUCAGGACAAUGAUGAGGUGACGUUACUCUGCUCUGUGGCGACAUAUGGACGGUGUAGACACACAGUGAAGUGGCUUCAGGGUCGAGAUGUGGAUAAAGAAAAAAGAUAUAUAAAGACAUCAAAGUCUUUUUGCUAUGCCUCUGUGACAUUUCUGACUUCUCAUUUUAGUAACACAUCAAGGUCUGAGUUAUUUUCUUGUGAAGUAACAGCUGGUGGCAAAGUGCAGACCUUCAGGCCUCAGUCCUCAGGUGAGGACACAGCAGCAGCAACAGAGAGCGACACCAGAUCAGGUUUCACUACGACAACUUCUGUAAUCAAUGAAGAUGCAACAGGCGCUGCAACUAGACUCGUCCUCUCUGUCAGAGUUGGUGAUGAAGCCAUGUUGUUGUGUAACUAUGUGAAACUUUUUCCAGUCCUAUGUUACGAUACUACUUGGACCUUUGCUGCUUCAGCAAGCACUGUAGAGCUAGUAAAAGGUGGGCAGAUUGGUACAAAUGCUAAAUCAGACCGAUUGAUUGUCUCAGGGAAUUGUUCUCUGGUUAUAAAGAAGGUCACAGAGGAGGAUGCUGGUACUUACACCUGCAGACAGAUCAGAUCUGAGAAAGAUGGUCCAAACUCUCUGGUUAUUCUGUCUGUUGUUACCAUGACUGAACAUCAGGACAAUGAUGAGGUGACGUUACUCUGCUCUGUGACGACAUAUGGAGGGUGUAUACACAAAGUGAAGUGGCUUCUUCUGGGUCAAGAUGUUGAUAAAGAAAACAGAGAUAUAAAGACAUCACAGUCUAUCUGCUCUGCCUCUGUGACAUUUCUGACUUCUCUCUUUAGAGAAGUCAGAAGUGGUUUAGGUUUAAGUUUUUUCACUUGCAAAAUAACUGAAUCCAAAACAGGACAAGUGCAGUUGUUUCCCUUCAGGCCUCAGUCCUCAGGUUGGUGGAGGCCCUUCAUCGUGUCUGUGGGUUUAGCAGCUCUCAUAAUAAUUGUUGUGGCGGUCAACAUAUGGACAAGAACUAAAGAGAAGAAAACACAGAUGGAUGAAAUCACUGUGCGUUAUGAUGUAGAUGAUGGUACAGUGAUCUAUGAAAACAUCAGACCUCCUGAUGGAGUUUGAGCAACACUUCUGCCUCCAUCAGACUCCACUGAUCAACAACGUCUACCUCUAUCAUCAUGUUUCACCUCAGGAGUGGAAGAUUAUACAAUCAUUCUGAAUUACAUAUUAUUUCAUUUUAGUCUUGAUCUAAUAAACCACUGGAUGUCACUGUAAAGAGCUUUUAACUCUUGUUUCCUUUCUUAUAUUGUCUUCCAGCUGAAAGUCUCAGAGCUGAUUUUAAAAUGUAUUGAUUGUUAUUGAAACUACAGCAGCUUGAGCUCAUUUGAAUAUCUAUGUGUUCAGAAUUAUCAUUUUGAUCCUUUUCAUUCUGUUAACAUGUGUUUUGAUGUCCAUGUGAUUGAAUGGGUUUUCAGCAUUAAUGUAGAAAGUACGUUUUAUCUUUGUUAUAUCUGAUACAACAAUAUAAUCUGCAAAUAAAUAAAUGUUAAUCUUAAUUCUA